CUAAGUUCGGUGUUUUGUGCAGCAUAAUGAUUCGCUCGGUGGUGUUUUGCGUGCUGUUUGUGGCGGUUUUCGGCGCCAAUUUGAAGUCUUAUCCAAAGCCGCGUCUCGACGGCAGGAUCGCGGGUGGCUAUGAAAUCGAUAUCGAAGAUGCUCCGCAUCAAGUGUCGCUUCAGUGGCCUGACCACGUGUGCGGUGGUUCAAUCCUGAGCGAGACAUUCGUCCUGACGGCCGCUCAUUGCACUUAUGGCGUGGAUGUCGAGGAUCUGACUCUGCGGGUCGGUUCCAGCUAUCACGCUAGCGAGGGUCAAGUGGUGAAGGUAAAGAGAUCUAUCCUGCAUCCCGAAUACGAGCGCAUUACCAUCAAUUACGACUUCUCCCUGCUGGAGCUGGAGGAGCCGCUGCAGUUCAGCGACGUGUGCCAGCCAAUCGCUCUGCCAGAGCAGGAUCAGGACGUCGAGGAAGGUGCCCUGCUGCUGGUUUCCGGCUGGGGACUCACUUACAACCCUAAGAACCGUGAAGAGUCCAAUGACAAAUUGCGCGCCGUCAUUGUGCCCAAGGUCAAUGACGAAUACUGCAACGCGGCGUACAGCCAGUGGUCAGGCAUCACGGAGGCGAUGAUCUGCGCCGGCUACGAGGAGGGCGGUAAGGACGCGUGCCUGGGAGACUCCGGCGGCCCUCUGGUGCAGAACGAGACUCUCAUGGGAGUCGUCUCGUGGGGAUUUGGCUGCGCACAGGCAGGAUAUCCAGGCGUCUAUGCGCGCGUCGCGUCGGUGCGCGAUUGGGUGAAGCAGGAAACGAAUCUCUGAACUUCUAGUGAUUGAUUGAUUUGAUUAAAUAUCUCUUUCCAUAUAAACACUGGACUUUAAUGUGAGUGUUUAGA